UUUUCUUUUCGAAAUUUGUAUUCGAAAUGUAACUUAUAAAAUUAGAUGGUCGAGUUCAGGGUAAAAAGCAAAAAUACGACGCCGUUGAUAUCCUAUCUUCUUCUUCGGGAUCGUUGUUUGGGGUCUGAAAGGUGAAAACACCAAAUCCGAAGCAGAGCACUGGAACACCUGAAUACAAAUGUCGACAAUUUCGGCAACAUUUUUUAGAUCAUUAUUCUCUAUAGCUUCUCCGCCACCUUCUACUAUUUCAAGAUUCUUUCUUCCAACUCCUUUACUUUUACCCAAAUUCCGUUCAUGCCCAAAUCCUCUUACUUCUUCGUCAAGGAAAACGGUGGCAUGUACCAAUUCUUCAGAAGAAGCAGAAGUCACUCAGACACUGGAUGAAUGGCUUCAGAAACUACCCGAUAAGACGAAGCCUUUGUACUCUCAUAGUUUGCCCUGUAUAGAAGCCUGGUUGAGGAGUUUGGGGUUUUAUCAGAGUAGAGAUGAUAGAGCUCUUUGGUUUGUUGAAAACCCAGAUUGGCAGGCUCAAUUGUCACUGGAUAUCACUGAACUUCAUAUAAGGUAUCUGAAGAGAGGACCUGGAAAUCUUGAAAAAGAUGUAGAUAGAAGAUUUAGCUAUGCACUGAGUAGGGAAGAUAUUGAAAAUGCCAUACUUGGAGGUCCAUAAGGACAAACAUUUUAUGCGUGUAUGUUAGGUAGCCAUAACACUGUUCCAUCUCAAUUCCAAGCAACUCUAAUGAGUAAAGUUUCCCAAAAACUCAUAUAGAUACACAUACAGUGGGAUCUGAAUUCUUUUUAGGAAGGGGUUAUGUAGAGAUAUAUUGUGGGUUGGAUCAAGCUUAUGUUUCAUAAUGAUUUAUGGGAAACAUUGUUUACUUUCAUAAAUUACGUGGCUGAUGCUCAUC